CAAAAACAAAACACAGUCAGCGCGGAGCAGUGAUGUGAUGUGGUCGCAAUCGUGCUGAAAACCUGAAACGUAUACAAUUUUUUUUCGUAAAAUCGACUGAAAAAAAGUGCCAAUCCUAGGAUUAUUAUUCUUAAUCGCCUGAAAAGUGAUGUCAAUUAUCUGAAACGGAUUUAUUCAGCAAGCAUAAAAAUGCCUUCCCUUCUCGAAGCCCUCGAACAAAAAUACGGUGAAAGUUCGACCGAAUCUGAAGGUUCCGAUGACGAAGGCAUCUCGGUGGCCAUUUUCGUGCCUUGUAAAUCACCUCGAAGUAUCGUUCCUUCACUUCUUGUUUUAAACGAUUGCGAUAUUGCAACAGCUGGUGAAAAAGAAGCUUUGGUUGCGAAAUGUGCCUGUGUUGAAGAAUUAGAUCUUGCGAAAAACAAGCUCAAAGACUGGCCCGAGGUGUUUGGAAUUCUCCAACAAAUGCCGCGUCUGAAAUUCGUCAAUUUGAGUUUCAAUGAGCUGAAUACACCCCUGAAGAACGUGGAAGUCGACAGGAAUUUGCGUUGGCAACAGUUGAGGAAUUUAGUUUUGAAUUCCACGUUUAUUGAUUGGGAGAGUGUUUCACAAAUUCUCGACCAUUUGCCCGGUUUAGAAGAGUUACAUUUGAGUAUGAACGAUUAUAAUAAUGUGAAUUUAUGGGAAAGUUGUGAUUGUGGGCAAAUUGAUAAUAAAACAGCGGAAAAUGUGUGUUUUUGUCCGAAAAUCGACUAUCGAAAAAAGCACAAACAUGGUGGAAUACGUAAAUUGCAUUUUAAUGGAAAUCCAGUUGAUAAAUGGAGGGAAAUUUGUAAAUUGGGCUAUGCUUUUCCCAAUUUAGAAUCGCUUGUUUUGGCCGAUUGUCCAAUUGAAUCGCUUGAUAUUGAGAUUGAGAUUAAUGAUGAAAAAUGUAAUCGGAAUUAUGAACGUUCGGAAAGUGAAUGUGAAUCGGGGAAUACCAAAGAAUCGCCACAUGAUAGUUUCAGAGUUUUGAAAUUUUUAAAUUUGAAUUCGUCAAGACUUGCCACCUGGGAUGAUAUCGAGAAAUUGGCCAAAUUUCCGGCCCUUCAUUGCGUCAGAAUACAGGGUUGCCCCUUGUGGGAGAGCAACGAGUACACGGAGCACGAGCGCCGCCAACUCCUCAUCGCGCGCCUCCCCAACGUGGAGAUCCUCAAUGGGGGCGGUGUGAUCGGGGGCGACGAACGCGAAGAUGCCGAAAGAGCCUUCAUUCGCUACUACAUGGAAAAACCGGAAAGUGACCGCCCCGAAAGAUAUUUCGAAUUGGUUUCGAUUCACGGUAAAUUAGAUCCUUUAGUAAACGUCGAUUUAAGACCGGAGAAGAGAGUAAAAGUCACUUUUACUUGUGGUUCGAAUAGUGAAGUUCGAUCAGUGGAUGUUUAUCGAUCAGUGAGCGAUUUGAAAACGAAAUUGGAGGCUUUUGCGGGGUUUUCGGCGGCGAAAAUGAGGCUGUUUUAUGUUGACCAAGACUUGAGAGACAUUCAAGGACCUGAGGAAAUGAAAUAUCCCCAUAAACAACUCUACAGUUACAAUAUUCAAUCAGGAGAUGAGAUUAUUAUUGAUUGCAAGAAAAAAAUUAAUGAAAAGUAAAAAACUAAUAAAUAAUUAGCAGCUGUAGUUUAGUUAAGAUUUGUGAUAUUUGCUGUGUUUUACAGCAAAAAUAAUGUGAAAAUAAAACUGCCAUGUAGUUUUUAGUUUUCUCAUUUAAAUUCGUACUAAAACUGGUGUGUGGUAAAUAUUGUAUUAACAAUAAAGCUCUUGAGUAAAAUUAA